AUGAUGCCCCCCAUUGAUCUCCAUGGGCCUCCCCUUCCAAACCCAGAUAUAACCCUCCGCGAGGUGUUUAACCAGAACGUGCUGAAAUACCCGGACACCGUGGCCCUUGUCAGUACCCAGCAACCCCCCACUCUCUACGGAAUCCCGAGCAAGCCCCUCGACAGCGCAAAGCACGAGGCGCACUAUCUACGAUGGACAUACCAGGGCCUGAAUCGCGCCGUGCAGCGAUUCGCGGCUGGUUUACAAAGUCGAGGUUUGAAGAAAGGGGACCCGUUGGUUCUGCUCAUCCCAAACACUGCAGAGUAUGUUAUUGCGACCUGGGCUGCGUACCAGAUCGGGUGUGCCUACGUUCCACUCAACCCCAAGGGUCUAUCGAAUCCCACAGAGAUGCGGCAUAUGCUACAGAUUGCGAGGAAAGGCUGCCAGUCUGAUUUCCUGGGCGUCAUAGCCGGGACAUCUGAUAUGUGUGCGCAGAUUGAAGAGUUGACCUCGGGGUUGAACUGCAUGAGGAUACUGGUCGAAGGAGAUAUGAAGAAAGGGUGGACACCUUUCAAAGAGCUAAUGCAGAAUCCAGCUUCAGAAACUCUAUGCAGAGACGACGACCACCACCUAUCCCUUUCCGCCGACCAAACAAUCUUCUUCACCAGCGGCACGACAUCUCUCCCCAAAGGCUGCGACAUGUCCUCGACAUACGGCCUUGCGGUCGCAGAACGCUGGAGUCAAAGCGAUGUCCCCAUGAUGCCUGGAGACCGGGCACUAUUCACAUUGCCCAAUAACCACGGCUUCGGCUGGCUCUGUAUCAUAGGCCCGUUCCUCAACGCCGCCACAGUCGUGCUCCCGGGCCCGAGGUUCAGUCCAGAGGCCGUGGCCAAGGCGAUCCGCGAGGAGCAGGUUAGCCAUGCAGGACUAGUGCCGACUAUGCUGCAUGCCUUGAGCAAUCUUCCGGCUGCGUCUAGGAACCUGAGCUCCCUUCGGCGAAUUGUAAUGGGGGGCUCGGCGCCAACCGAAGAGGUUAUGCGGAUCUGUCUGGAUACCUUGGGUGCGUCCGGGGUGGAGAAUCUCUACGGAAUGACUGAGGGGAUUCUCGUCUCUUCUGGGGUAGUCAGUCAGACCAGUGGUAUUAUCAAAGAUGGACGAGUUUCUAUUGGAACACCACUGCCAGGCAUGUCUGUCCGGAUAUACACCAAGGACAGCAAAGCGCCCGCUGCAGUGGGAGAGAUUGGCGAGAUGCACUUCACGGGCCACAGUCUGAUCAAUGGAUACAUUGGAAAGGUCGACGAUAACUUCUACAGUGCGGACGAUGGGCGUAAUUGGUUCCGCACUGGCGAUAAAGCUUUCAUUGGCAGCGAUAACCGUAUCUACCUGGUCGGUAGAUACAAAGACACCAUCAUCCGCGGAGGCGAGAACAUUGAACCGUCAGCCAUCGAAGCAAUCUUGGGCCAGAUCCCUGAACUUCAUGUUCUUCAGCCUCAGAUUGUGCGUGCACCAGACGAUGUUGCCGGCGAGGUCCCCGUCGCCGUUGUGAACCAGGAGGUUGAAGACUCCACGGCAAACAGGCUCAAAGCAAUUGUCUUGGAGCGAAUGGGAGACAUUUAUGUUCCAGCAGAGGUGGUGCCAGUGCAGACUCUAGGGCAUGAAUCAUACCCAACAACCAUGGCAGGGAAGGUCCAGAAGACCAAACUGGAAGAGCUGGUCAAGGUACACUGGGAGAAGCGCCGCCAGCAUCUGCAAAACAGUCGCAGGAUCGAUGGGCCGAUAUCAGGCCCUCAAGUGAUGCAGUCGCUGUGCACGAUCCUGGAAAAGGAGAAAGGCCAUCCCAUCAACGAGUCUGUUCGCAUGAUCGAGCUGGGCGUCGAUUCAAUCAUGUCCAUCACAAUCCUCAAGCUCGUCCAGCUCGAAACAGGAGUAUCACUGCCGUCGUCUAUCUUCUUCACCCAGGCCACAUUCGGUACAAUCUGCCAACAGAUCAGCGAGAUUUUAGACACAGCAGACUUUGCUGAUUUCACGCCCGCCAUGGAAGACCCGCCCAUCGAUCAAUGCUUCACAGUCCUGAUCCAGGGAACCCCCAGACCCGGCGUCCCCUCCAUCUACCUCACCCCCCCAGGCUCUGGAAACCCCCUGAUAUACAAAACGCUGCCCAAGUUCGCCAACGACCGUGCAGUCUACAGUUUCGGAUCCCCAUUCCUUAUGACCAAAUACGAAACCUGCUGGACGGUAGAGCAGACCGCCGAAAUCUACACAAACACCAUUCUCAAACUCGACCCGCAAGGCCCAUACAUCCUCGGCGGCUGGUCCAUGGGAUCAGCAACGGCAUACGAAACAGCAUACCGGUUGCAAGAGCACGGAAAACAAGUACUGGGGAUCUUCAUGUUCGAUCUAUCCCUGCCCCGCAAACCAGCUUACAUCCCCGAACUCACCGUUGAGCUCUUCCAAAUGAUGGGCGCCUUCGCCCCGAUUCGGCGGGAAGGCCUGCCUGACGUGGAAGUCCCGAUCUUUCGCAAGAGACACCGAGUCGCGGCCUACUACGCAAAGAUGAACUAUGUGCCCCGUCCCUUCACCGGCCCUCACCGGCCACGGAUCUUCGUCAUCUGGGCUGGGCGUGGCGAUUAUGAGAGGGUGACGGAAAUGGUUGUCGAGGCGACGGAGCUUCUGAAGAGAGAAGGGCCUGACACAAAGAUUCAGGUUAGCCAGGAUUGGCUCCAGGCUCCGCGUAAGACUUUUGAUGCUGGUGGGUGGGAUGAGAUGGUGGGAGCUGAUUAUGUCGAAUGGGGAGUUGUAAAGGACGGAGACCAUGACUCGAUUGUGGAGGACAAGGAGCUGGCAGUCAUAACGCAGGGAUAUAUGGAGAAGGCGAUAGCGAAAUGGUUGCAAGAGACGGCGCCUGCCAAUGGGUCAAGUUGA